AUGACUAUUUGCACAACACCCAAUUUUCAAAAAUUCUUCUUCUUUUAUCUAAAAAUUGUCGACCAUCCCUCUUUGGUGUCUUGCAAAGGAAAUAAGUCUGCUUUCAAAAUCUCAGUUAAAACGAAUAAUAAUCUUUCCAUUCUCAAGGAAAUCCUCAAGGAGAAAAGGAGUCCAUGUUUUGACGAUUUUGCUUCUGACGAACUCAUUUUAUGGCGUGUCAACUUCGAACAGAGUAUAAUUAACGAGAUGAUUACAAAUGUUAAUACCAGGAAAUACG